AUGACUUCACCAUCCAGCGAUCACGACAUAAAAAUGGGCAAUAAAUUUGGAAGAGAAAUUGAAUUUCGGGAAGGUUCACCAAUUCAAUUAUUAAGAUAUAGUGAAAAAACCGAAAAUGAAAAAUUUGGUCAAAUUCUUCUUAAUCCAAAAGCGUUGGAUAUUAUUAAAGAAAUUAAUGAACCUCUUGCUAUUAUUUCAGUCGUUGGUUCUUAUCGUCAUGGUAAAUCUUGGUUUGCAAAUGUUUUGCAUGGUCAUCAUGACGGUUUUGCACUGGAUGCAAAAGUUGAAGGAUGUACACGUGGAAUAUACAUGUGGUCUCCCCCUUUCAAAUUAAUAAGUAAACAACAUGAUGGGAUUGAUGAUCCUUCACAGGAUGAAAAUUGGGCUACAAAAUUAUUUAUUUUAUGUUUGGUAAUAUCUUCAACCUUCGUAUAUAAUAUUAAUGGAAUUUUUGGUAGAGAUGACAUAGGAAAAUUACAUUUAAUGACAGAUUUGAGUAAAUUUAUUCAAGAACCAGAAAAUGGUGAUUUUUUACCAAGGUUGGUUAUUUUAUUACGUGAUUUUAUUUUAGAAAGUUCAACAUGCUUCAAAGAUUAUUUCUUGGAACAAAUGAAGAAAAUCAAUGCCGAAGCUACUAUGGGCAUCAAAAAAUUUUUUUAUGAUUUUGAUGUUUACGGUUUGUCACCUCCGGGAUGCAAAAAAAAAAUGUUACAACAUAUGGAAGAAGCCAAAACAAACGAACUUGAUGAAGAAUUUGUUGAAGAAGUAGUUAAUGCAGUAGAAUCAAUUUACUCCCAGCUUCCUUUAAAAUACAUAGGUUCUUCCACUAUGCAAGGAAUAUCAUUUGUAAAAUUCCUGGAAAACGUCAUUGAACGUAUGAAUAGUUCAGAAACUUUGACUCUUCUCUCAAUCACUUCCGAAUAUGAAUCCAUUAUUCAAUUUGUCGCACAAGAAGCAAUAAAAGAAUCUAUAGAUAGAUAUGAAAAAAGUAUGAGUACUUUAAGAAAUGAGGAGGAAAAACUACAAAUGCAUUGGAAGGAAUUUGAUAAAAUGCAUCUUAAAUAUAAAUCAGAGAUCAAUAAAUUGUUUUUUGAAAAAAUAAUUGGAAGUCCCGCACAACUAAGCAAUUUUGUCAAACAAUUAAAUGGAGAGAUAUCUAAAUCUGAAAAAAGGUUUAUAGAAGAAAAUUCUAAAGAAUUAACAACUUUUAACAAAAAAAUUGCAAAAAAAUCAUGGGCAAGGCAUAUAAAGAUAAAAUUGGACAAAAAUGAUUUAUUUAGGUAUAAAGAGGAAUCUCAAGAAGCGUGGAAAUUAUUUGAAUCAUAUUGCAAUGAAUUGAUGAUAAAAUCCCCUGAGGCUGAUGAAAUAAUUGCCUUAUUCAAGAAUCGGUAUAUGGCCGCAGUUGAUUACAAUAAACAAUUAGGAAAGAUAAAUGCAGAAUUAACGAAAACAAUACAAGAAGAAGAGGAUAAGAAAUCGCAAUUAAUAAUUUGUAUGAAUGAGGAAAGACUUCGUUCAAAGAUUGAAACAUUAAAAAAAGAACGUGAAGAAUAUGAAAGAAAUGCCAAUAAUAAAAUAUUAGAGUUACAGGCAAACAUCGAAUGA